GUUUAAAAGGAAAAUCUGAAAUGCCUAACAGGCGCAGCAGGGCAACCUCGUGGUCUUUUAUGGUAUUGAAGAACUGCGGGCGGGGACGCUCAAAAAAUUCGUUCCCCCCAAAAAGCCAAACGACACUCGGCUGAAUUCGUAGCGCCGGCUGGGUAGCACGUGUUCCAUACGUUGCUUAAAACACCCCUUUGAAACGCCAUGCUCUGCCAGCCGUGUUUUACUGCUAAACAGGAACCAAACUUUAAUUACUAGUCAGGCAUCCCAUUAAACAAAAUCUGAACCUCCUCCAUGGCAUCUCCUUCGACAGCAGUCGGUCCGGCCGCCGUCGUGUCCCGUGCCGCGUUUUCUCCUUCGCCUUCGAAUCUUUUGCGCUCGCAGGUCAACCAACCCCUUUUUCUUCCUCUCCCUUUUUUUGCAGCCGGCUACGCGUUCGAUCCGAUUGGCGUUGAUUUUCCCGUCGACAAGCCAUCCUCGUGUUCUCAUUGGCCAAUUCGGUCGCCAAUCCAUCCGUUCCUCCCGCCUCGCCGCAUCAGUUUGGUUGACCCUCUCUCCUUCCCUUUCUCUGUCUCGCGGCGGUGGGUCGGAGCCGCGGUCUCUUACCUGACGCGGUCCCUGUUUAAUGAAUUCUUGUGCAAUUGGCGUCACCCUCCAAGAAAAACAAAAACAUUCGAAAAGCCACCCAAAGUUCGAAGCCAGGCGGCCGCCUCAUUUCAAUCCGCUUGCAAAUUGCCCCCCCCUCCCACCACCCCUUCUCCUCCACCUCCUCCUCCUCCUGUAAGAUGGCGGUGGUGAGCGGGGUGUCCGUGCCGGCGGUCGCCCGGUUGGAGGGCCGCGAGUUCGAGUAUUUGAUGAAGAAGCGCUCAGUGACCAUCGGACGGAACUCGUCGCAGGGCUGUGUGGACGUAAGCAUGGGACACUCGAGCUUCAUCUCACGCCGGCACCUGGAGAUCUUUACCGCCGGGGAAGACGGGGCUGGUGGUGGAGACUUCUAUCUGCGCUGUCUCGGCAAAAACGGGGUGUUCGUGGACGGCGUGUUCCAGAGGAGGGGUGCUCCGCCUUUGCAGCUGCCCCGAGUGUGCACAUUCAGGUUUCCUAGCACAAAUAUCAAGAUUACAUUUACAGCACUCGCCAGCGACAAGAAGGAGAAACAGGAGGCGCCAGAGUCUCCAGUCAAGCCUGUCCAGCCCCAGAUUUCUCCCUUGACCAUUAACAUUCCAGACAGCAUCGCACAUCUGAUGAGUCCUCUCCCUUCCCCAACUGGAACUAUCAGUGCUGCAAACUCCUGCCCAUCCAGUCCUAGGGGAGCAGGAUCAUCGGGGUACAGAAUGGCUCGUGUAAUCCCAGCAGAACUCCAGCUAAUGGGUGACAACUCUCAGUCAGAGAAUGACAAGGAAGCAUCGGGAGGUGACAGCCCAAAGGAUGAUUCGAAGCCGCCAUAUUCUUAUGCACAGUUAAUAGUCCAGGCCAUCACGAUGGCACCGGACAAGCAGCUAACACUAAAUGGGAUCUACACCCACAUUACCAAAAACUACCCUUACUACAGGACGGCCGACAAGGGAUGGCAGAAUUCAAUCCGCCACAAUCUUUCUCUGAACCGUUAUUUUAUAAAAGUUCCCCGGUCGCAGGAAGAACCAGGAAAAGGCUCGUUCUGGAGGAUAGACCCUGCAUCAGAAAGCAAAUUAAUAGAGCAAGCCUUUAGGAAAAGGAGGCCAAGGGGUGUACCCUGCUUUCGAACUCCCCUGGGACCUCUUUCUUCUAGGAGUGCUCCUGCUUCUCCAAAUCACUCUGGGGUCUUAUCUGCUCACUCCAGUGGAGUUCAAACCCCAGAAAGUUUAUCCCGAGAAGGCUCUCCUGUCCCUAUGGAACCUGAGCCUGCUGCUACAAUGCAACCCAAGUUAGCAGUAAUACAAGAGGCACGGUUUGCUCAGAGUGCCCCAGGUUCUCCUUUAAAUAGUCAGCCUGUUUUAAUUACAGUCCAGAGGCAGCUGCCACAGACUAUUAAACCUGUCACGUAUACAGUGGCCACUCCCGUGACGACUUCCACAUCGCAGCAGCCUAUGAUGCAAACUGUUCAUGUUGUCCACCAGAUACCAGCCGUAUCGGUUACUAAUGUCGCCGGUUUGACGCCAGCAAACACAUACACGGUGGCGGGACAGGCUGUGCUAGUAAACCAGUCUAAAAUGGAGCCACAAGAAAAUGGGGAGCACAAAGAAAUUAAAGUGAAAGUAGAACCUAUGCCGGCCAUCACUCACACUGCCAUUGGAACUGCAAAUCGAAUCAUCCAGAGUUCGCAGGGUACACCUCUACAGACCGUUACCAUUGUCCAGCAGGCCCCUCUCGGACAGCACCAGCUACCAAUCAAAACUAUAACACAGAAUGGGACUCAUGUGGUCCCGAUUACCACUGCAAUUCAGGGACAGAUCAAUACCGCUGUUGCAAGUCCCCUGCACAUGCUGGCCACUCAUGCGUCCGCGUCAGCCUCUCUUCCAACAAAACGGCAUAAUGGAGACCAAGCAGAACAGCCAGAUCAUAAACGUCUGAAAAUGGGGGAAGGGGAGAGUAUAGUCAUUGCAGUAAAUGUUGACCCCCCGGCUGUGAGUGAACAAGGCAGCCAAAUCUAGUGACUCGAAGGUACUGCCGUGUUGCUUUUUUUUUUUUUCCCCUUUCCUUUUUUUCCUUUUUUUUUUCUUUUGUUUUUGUUUUUUUGUUUGUUUUUUUCUUUUGUUUUUUUUUAAAAGACAACUCCAGGUGCCAAAUGGGAAAAGAAAAACAAACAAAAACUAUACAAUUAACUUAACUGUCUUUGAACUUUGGAAUGUGUCUCAAACCCAUUGGGUAAAAAAUGAAAAAAAUCAAAUUUCAAAAAGAAAAGGUGCCCUGUGAGAAGAGACUGAGAAGCUGCACAGGAAGCCUAAAAAAUAGGAAAAAAAUAACAUUUAAAAAAAAAAAAAAAAAACUAAGACUGAUUUGGAGUAACGAUCAAGUGGAAAUGAGCAACGGGGCCGCAUCCCAGGCUGCACGGUACCUCCUGCUUUGCUACCUCAGUGCACACUGGGAAAUGGAGAGGUGGGGAGGACUGCAGCAACACAAGACUCUCGUGUAAACUAUUUAAACAGACUGAGCACACAUCAGUGUAAUGGCAGCAUGACAAGCGCUUAGUGUAAACCAGAUUUUAAACAAUAGUGUAAUUCCGCAAAGGGAACAAAUGCGUGGAGCCAUUUCCUCUGUCGGCAGCUAGCCCUUCAUAUUGACCUACCUAAUGCAGUCGUUCGUAGAUAUAUGCAGUAUUUUGUUGUUCAUAUGUGGAAAUUAGGAUCUCUUUUUGGGUGUAUUUUCAUUUCUCUAGGCAAAAAAAAAAAGAAAAAAUGGGGUCACCAACAUUUCCGAUCACUCCAUUUGUACUUUUGGAAUCACGCUGUUUUCGUAUGUGAAAUUUUUAUGUUCAGUGAAAAUGAAUGUAGUUUUUUUUUUUUGUUUUUUUUUAACUUUAUUUUAUCAAUUUUCUUUGUCUUUUUUUAUUUUUUAUUAAUGGAGUGGUUUCUUUUUGUCUGUUUGUUUAAAUCCAAAUGAAGCAACUUUAUUACACCUAGAGGAUUUUCAUAUUUUAUCGUAAAUUGAUGAUAAAAAAAGAAAAAAAAAAUUAAAACUGAAAGUUUUAUUUCCAUGUGUAGUAAUGGGACGCUUCAUUAAGUCGGCACGUAACUUAAGUCGAGAAAACGUAACUUGAGUCAUCGACUCCGGAGGACUGAAGAGAAGAGAAACGUUGUGAAAGCGAGCCGAGCUGCACUCGAUCAGCCCUUGUGUCCCCCUCUCUCUGCCGGUCACUUUGCUGUCCUGUAAUUUUUUUUAUUUUUGUGAUUCUGUUACGAUUGCUCAACACAAAAUGGACAAUCUUCACAUUGUUGUCAUCCAGCCAAGAAAGUGAUACUUGUUCACCUUAAAUGGAGUUGUAUGCGUGUAAAAUGGAGUGCCUGCACGUAUUCUAGAGGGGUAGUGGCUCGCGCUUAAUGAACAGGCAAUUCUUCACAAAACAAAUUUAUUUAUUUAUAAUUUUUUUUUAAUUAUUAUUAUUGCUGGUGAUAGCGUUUCUUCCAAGUGAACCCAGCUCUGGAAGAUUUUAUUAUUAUUAUUAUUAUUACAAAUCUGUUUUAUUUUUCUCUUUGAGCAUUAGUUAAUAUUUAAAAGAGUGAAACCUGGGAAUAAUGAAGGCACAGAAGAGAAAAGAAAUGGGUGGGUGGGUUGGGGGGGUGUUGACUGAAGAGCAUAUUGUCACAUAACGCAAAGCUGCACUCUUUCACAACUUGUGUUUGACCAGAAUUGCAAGUGAAUGGUUUGGCUAAAUUUGUUCUGCUGACUUAAAGUUAUUUUCCUAAAUGAUUCAUGAGCUGUUAUGCCUGCAUCCAAAUGUCCCAGAAAAGUGGGCCUCAGGUUUGUACGACUCGCAGAAAACUGACAGAAAUAAUGUGGAAUGCUGAAUAAACUACAUACGUUUCAAAAGGUCUCAACGA